AUGUGCUUCCAGGGCCGGCCUAAGGCGGGUGCAGCGGGUUCACUGCACACGGGCGCCUGGCUAGGGGGGGCGCAAAAAUUAGUGCCAGGGUUGGCGCAAAAAUCAGACCUGACCCGGGCAACACCAGUGGAAGCCCUGUACAGCAGUCCGUUUUCAGACUUUGAGGACCCGAGUUCUCUCCAGGCCCAGCUCAGAAAAUCCCGAUCCAUGGACACUUCAGUUAUUGACCUGGCCGAGGCCACGAACCCCAACAACAUCAUGUCCAACCUGGGUCCCAACCAAACCCUGGUUCGCAGCGCCAAGUCAGACUUCAACCUCUGCCUCUCGUCCCAAAAUGGGAUGAACGGAGGGAUGGAUGACGACCAAAGACAGACGCCAGCCGACGACAGUGUCGACGACGGCCGAAGGGAAGUCGUCAGAGCAGUUUACUCGUAUUUGGCGUCCGGAGAUCAUCAGCUAAGCUUCGUCGAAGGCGAUAUUGUUUCUCUUAUCGGAGAGAAAAACAAAGGAUGGCAGUUCGGCGAAAAUUUGCGCACUGGGAGAACCGGUUGGUUCCCGCUUGCUUACACUGAGCAAAUGGUUGGACCAGAGGAAACAAAUGGUCCCCAAGUGAAGCUGGUGAAUGGAUCCGCACUGUCCGGCUCGACAGUGGCAGUGAAUGGACAAGGAGGAAAUUUCGGUCCGACGACGACUUCGACGGCAAAACCUCGGCCUGUGACGAUGUUUGGCGACACUUUGCUCUACAGACUUCCCGGAAAAGCCAAGGUAUUAUAA